CGUUACGCAUACAGUUACUUGUUACGAGACGAUGUAACUCACAGGAAGUUACGUCGUCUGCUAUCAAAGAAUGGCCCUACACACAGCACACGUGUGGUACUGUUAAAUGUAUGAGACAUGUAACCAUGUCACACCAAAUAAUAUUGGUCCGGCAACCAGAGAGCAAAAGAGCAACCGCCGCAGAGGGUGGGCCAAGGCGAGAAAACGUGACGGCUGACCACGAGUCAGAAGGAUAGGCUUAUAACAGAUAAUAAAAGCUAAUUUUUUUUACCGGUUUUUGUCUGAAUAAUUUAGUCCAGAUCUAUAUUAAGCUAUUAUCGUGUGAAAAAGGUCCUAGGCCUACUGGUGGUUUAGCUGACUGGUGCCCUGUACAAUCUAUAUUGGAAGAUCUUAAAAACUAUUUUUACUAGUGUUAAAGAGGGCGUUACUUAGCCUGGUGAGCGCGCUUUUUGGACAGAAGCAUGAGGAGGUCACAGAAAUAACAGAUUGUACAGUGAAUUAUAAUGCAUCGCCGCAGGUCAGGGGUUGUAGUCAGUAGACCGUUCAUCACUGUGAGAACUGGCACGAGGCGCCAACGCCCUGUUCGUAAAUUUCUAUAUGGGUCAAGCAAAACAAAAAGGAUAGCUGUCAAUGGACAACAGUGUCAUGUACCUAUCGCUCUACAAGAGGCACCAUCGAUUAGAGAUGAGUCACCAAUGGACAUUGAAACAGGAAUUCAAAAAGAACAUCAACCAAGUAUGCAUUACAAAAGGAAAGAGAAAGAGGUACAUGAUUGGCAAAGUGUUAGAGACAUACUUGUUCCUAGCCUUAUUGACAGCUGGUCUCCUUGUUUGAACUCUUGUUGUAGUGCCUGUGAUCUCCCUUUAAAAGACAAAAUAUUCCGCUGCUUGGAUUGUAGUCCAAAUGUGAAUUUUUGUGUGUCAUGUGUUUCGGUAACCCACCAAAAGUACAUUCUGCAUAUACCCGAAGUAUGGAAAUGUGGAACAUUUUUACCAUACCUACCGGAGAUUAAAACCAUCAACACAGGUCAUUCACCCAAUUGUGGAAUAAGCAUUCAUCGUAAGAUGUGUAUAAGAGACAGCGGCUGA